UGUAGCAAAAUAGAAAUCAUUUCGGAACAUAACCUGUCCUUUUCUCUAGUAAAUAUUUAUUUUUUAAAACGUUUAGAGUAGCUCCCCAAAUGGAAUACGAACAAUCUAAUGUUAUAAAAGAUUUUCCAGGAUUAUAUGCCUCUGAAUCUCAAAAAAUAAAUAAUAGGGAAUCCGAUUAUAGUGAAGAUGAGAAACUUACACGAAAAGACCUGCUAACAGGAAAAAAGAAGGACAAAAAGGAUAAAAAAGAUAAAGAGAAAGGGUAUGCAGCGUUAGAAGGAGAAAGCUCAGCUGACGAAGGUUAUGAAAUAAGAAGCCCAACAAAAUCAAAGAAGUCAAAGUCAUUUAAAUUUGCAUCAAAAUCAAAAGAAAAAAGAGAGAAGUCUAGAGACAAAGAAAAAGACUUUGCUGAUAAAAAGAAGGAAAAGGACAAGAGAAUUGAUAAAAAAAGCGAAAAAGAGAAAGGUAAAAAUGAUAAAAAAGAAAGACCAGGUGAUAUUGCUGAAGAACUUCCCAUUUUUGGUGUUCCUCUUGAACUGGCAGUAGAAAGAAGUAGAUGUCAUGAUGGAGUAGACCUCCCAUUACCUUAUAGGGCAUGUAUAGAUUAUUUGCAGAUGUAUGGACUUGGUUUUGAAUAUAUCUACAAAAUAAGUUCACCAAAAUCUAAAGUUCUCCACUUAAAGAAGAUGUACAAUCACAGAGAGUUUGUUGAUUUGGCAGAGCAUGAUGUACCUACUAUUACAGGUUUACUUAAAAUGUUUUUAAGAGAUUUGCCUGAAUCUAUAUUUACUUCAGAAUUAAUAGUUAGAUUUGAAGAAGCUGGUGCUAUUCUUAAUGUAGCAAUGAGGGAAAAACAUCUUAAGAUUUUAGUUGGUAAUUUACCACCUCUCAAUUAUAUGGCUGUUUCAUGGUUAAUUGUCCACCUUUACACAGUAACAUUGAAUGAAAAAUCAACUAAAAUGAAUGCUCAGAGUAUAGCUGCAACUUUAAGUUCAACACUACAAAUCUCUCAACGUUUAUUGACCGCCCUUCUUUGUCAUUGUCCGGCCCUUUUUGUUGAUGUAAAACUUAUACAGUACAUACCACCUUUAAUUUCAACUGCCCAACUUCCUGAUGAAAAAGAUUUGAUGGAAAUUGAACUUAAGAAGCAGGAGUCAUUACUUUCACAAAUUCAUUCUGAAAUGAAUGCCGGAUUUGUUUCAAAGCAAAGGGAAGAGUUGCUGUGGGAAGUUCAAAGAUUAAUAACUCAAUUAAAAAGAAAAAUUAGGAGUAAAAAUCGAGUUGUAGAAGAAAAGGGAAUUGAAGAAAAAGUAAGCCAUGAAAAUACUGGGAACAGUAGUGAAAAUUUAGAGACUGAAAGGAUAACAGCCACUAAAAAGAAAGAUUCUCAAGAAGUAUUAAACACAGUACCAUUAUCAUUAAAUAAUUCUGAGGACAAUUUAGAUCUAAAUAAAAAGGAAAUAAAUAAUGCUAGCAUUGCUUCUGAAAAUGUAGAAGUUAAAAACAUCGAAUGGGAUUUCCCAAAACCAACUGAAGUCGAUCAAGAGAAAACAGCCAAUGUUAAAAUUACACAAGAAAUUGAAUCAAAAAGUGUUAAUACUUUACAAACAGAAGAUCCAAAUCUGCCAUUAUUAGCAAAUGACAAAGAAAUUAUGUAUUUGAAUCUAAAAAACCAAACUCUACUAGAACUGAAAAAUAAACUUAUAGAAAAGAUGGAAAUUGAAAAGAAAGAAAUUGCCCGAUUAAAGUUAGUGCUAAAAGAAGUACAAUACAAAAACCAAACAGAACCAGUAAUAAUUGAUUCAAAUAGUGAUAACUUAGAUAAAAUAAUGGAACUGCUUCAAAAUGAAAAUCAGAUUCUCCAUAUAAAGAAAAUAAAUCUUGUGCGAAAAAUAAUGGAAGAACAUGAGAUAUGUAUUGACCUAAGUGCCAAACUUAUGAUGUUAACUGCUAGUUGUUAAAGUACAAAUAUAUUACAAAAAGUGUUUACGCGAACAUUUGUUUCCUAAGCUGGAAUAUGAUUCUAAUGUUAUCUUUUAACAUUUUAUCAGUACUUACUGCUUUCAUAAUGUAACUUGUAUAAGUACAAAAAAAAUAUUCUUAUUGUAUACUAGACCACCAUUAAAAAAUUAUAUGUUCAA